AUGCAGACCCUGCAGGAGUAUUUCAACCCCGUCACAUCAUUCUUCACACUCCAAGUCGUCAAUGGAAAAUUAGACCCCCUUCCAACAGAGCCCACCUCCCUUGACUAUCUCACACCAAGCAUGCCCCUCUCACCCUCCCUCCUCGCCUCAGAUGUGCCGGCCUUCAUGCCUAAGGACAUCCUCAUAGACUGGGAUGUCGAGUCUGAUGGCGCACAGUUCCCAGCGAAAGUAUUCGGUGCCGACCAGGUGCCAUACCACUUCAAAGCUGCUCACCAUGGAUCAUCGGAAGCGAUCACUCGUGAGAUCGAAUCGCUGCUGCGACUAGAGUGGGAGGGCCCGACGGGACCGACCCGCGUGCCGAGGCUCUGCGGGUACAUGCAGGGCGAUGGGGAUGACGGGAAUGUCGGCAUGAUGGGUUUGUUGCUAUAG